UCGUGUGGAAGCUCAGCUCAACUAUAAAUGGCCACUUUCAUCGAUCAUUGUUCACCAUCUUGAGAGGUGAUAAUUAUGAGUUGCAGAGUGCUUCUUAGCUUCAGCUACCACUUGUAAAAUAUCCAGUUGAUUUUCUUUCAAGAAAAUUUCACUUCCCAUUUUCACUUAGCACAUAACAUUCUACACACAAGACUUCUGCGCUUGAAAAAAAAAUAUUAAUAUACAGAUGAGGUGUAGAACGGAAAUCCAAACCUCCCACAUGAUCCUUCAUGGACAAAAUUUGCAGAAAAGAAGGCUAAAAAGUUCUUUCCCAUGGUCUCUUAAUCCCAGAAAACGGUACCGCCUGAUUCUUCUUAAGGCAAAAAUGGAUGAGCUCAAGCCAGUAGCAGCCAACUCGUGUCCUCUCACCCCAUUGACCUUCUUGGAAAGGGCAGCAACUGCCUACGGUGAUUGCCCAUCUAUCAUCUACAAUGACACUUCUUACACGUGGUCUCAUACUCACCGUCGAUGUCUCCAGCUAGCUUCCUCUCUUUCAUCCAACGGCUUCACCCGCGGGGACGUCGUUUCCGUUAUUGCUCCCAAUAUCCCCGCCAUGUACGAGCUUCAAUUUGCUGUCCCCAUGUCUGGUGCUGUUCUCAACAACAUCAAUACUCGCCUGGACGCCCGUACCAUCUCCAUACUCAUGCGUCACAGCGAAUCAAAGCUAGUCUUCGUUGAUUGUUUGUCACGUGCUCUUGUCCUCGAGGCCAUUUCUCUUUUCCCGCCUAACUCUCCACGUCCUACUCUCGUCCUCAUCACGGAUGAUGAUGAUGCACCGGAACUAUCUUCACUUUCAUGGCUGAACGCUGAUUUUUGGUGUACGUACGAAAGCAUGGUGGAGAAAGGUGAUCCAGAGUUCAAGUGGGUUCAGCCUCUAAGCGAGUGGGAUCCGAUGAUUUUGAAUUACACAUCAGGUACCACCUCAUCUCCUAAAGGUGUGAUACACUGCCACAGAGGGAUUUUCAUCUUAACCGUUGGAUCCUUGAUUGAUUGGGCUGUUCCAAAGCAACCUGUUUAUUUGUGGACCCUUCCAAUAUUCCACGCUAAUGGAUGGACCUACACAUGGGGCAUGGCAGCCGUUGGUGGGACCAACAUCUGUCUCCGUAAAUUCGAUGCUCGUACAAUUUACAGCAUGAUCAAGAAACACGGUGUCACUCACAUGUGCGGCGCACCUGUGGUGCUAAACAUGCUAGCAAACUUCCCCAAUAGAGAACCUCUCAAGAGCCCAGUUGAGAUUCUAACCGCCGGAGCCCCACCGCCAGCUGCUGUGCUAUUCCGAAUAGAGGAGUUAGGUUUUGUGGUGAGUCACGGAUACGGGUUAACUGAAACGGCAGGAUUCGUGGUGUCGUGUGCUUGGAAACGAAGGUGGAACCAGUUGCCAGCAAACGAAAGAGCCAGACUAAAGGCCAGACAAGGAGUGGGUAUUGCUGGGUUCACAGAGAUAGACGUGGUGGAUCCUAAGACAGGAGCCAGCGUAAAGCGAGAUGGGUCAUCUCUCGGCGAAGUAGUUUUGAGAGGUGGGUGCGUGAUGUUGGGUUAUCUCAAGGACCCCAUAGGCACAUCAAAGUGUUUGAAAGAUGAUGGUUGGUUCUACACAGGAGACGUGGGGGUGAUGCACCCAGAUGGGUAUUUAGAGGUCAAAGAUCGAUCCAAAGAUGUGAUCAUUAGCGGUGGAGAGAACAUAAGCAGUGUGGAGGUUGAGUCUGUGUUGUACACCAAUCCGGCUGUUAAUGAAGCAGCUGUGGUGGCUCGACCAGAUGAUUUCUGGGGAGAGACACCGUGCGCAUUUUUGAGCUUGAAGGAAGGGUUGAGUCAGAAACCAAGCGAGAAGGACAUAAUUGACUUCUGUAGGGAAAAAAUGCCGCAUUAUAUGGUUCCAAAAUCUGUAGUGUUUAAAGAUGAAUUACCCAAGACUUCAACUGGGAAGAUUCAGAAGUUUGUGCUGAGAGAAAUUGCGAGAGGCAUGGGGUCUUCAAUGGUGAGUCGAAAGUAGAGUUGAAUCGGUCAAGUGAGGUAGGGAUGUGAUUUUGCAUGAGAAACGUGAUAUUGUCGUAUUUGUUUACAUCUUCAAACCAAUUGAAUAAAUCUGAUGGACACUGACUUGUUGUCCCAUGCAGAAGUUCGGUUUUAUUAUU